UGGCCUCGCGCCGCUACACAGCCAUAGCACUUCCGUGGUAUAUCUCUUGCGCAAUCCAACUUGUCUCUCAGGUAGGCGUUGCAUGCAACGUUUUUGCAAUUACCAUCACCGCCAAAAUGAAUCUCCCCAACAUGGGCAACAUCUUCAGCCGCUCGGUCAGCGAAACGUCCAAACUGCCCAUCGUACCAACUUAUAUGGACAUUCGGUCGUUCUAUGGAGACACGACCCUCGCUAUAUACCAUUUCGAAGAGGGUAGAAUUACCUUUGAGAAACGCAUGCCCCCAAUUCUCAAGGAGGGUGAAGACCGCCUUCAGGAAAUGGCAGUUAUACUAAUGGAACCACAUUCACCUUGUGUUGAUGUCGCCUUGACCUUUGACUUUCCGGAACCUCUCAAAUCGCUAUUUAUAAAAUUGGCUCAUGCGUGCAAGGACGGCACCAUAGAGCAACUAGAGUUGAUUGAUGCUGAGAUACAGUCUCAAGUCCAUAUCUCUAUAUUAUCAGAUAAGACAGCCCUAGAGGCCCUUGUUUGCCUUACCAUCGAUCUCAAGAAUGUAUCACUAGCCAAGGCACUUUUAGCCAGAGAUUCGCCCGCGCCCGAAGACGAUCAGACGCGAUUUUUAUGGAAUUGGAGAGCAUCUGCUGUUGCAAUAUCUGACGACACUGUCAACACGGCUCUCGUGCGAUACCGUUGGCUCCCAAAGUUCAACACCGAAACUUACGCCAGCCAUAUACCGGAAAUUUUGGAUGAGGCGGCGGCGAUUGACCGUAUUGAUGCACUGCUUGAAAUCGGCUACGGCUUCACCUUCACCACAGAAAACUACCGGCUGGGCUCUUACCUUUCUCUUUUGCAUAAGGUGAUCGUGAAGUCACCAUUUCCGGUUAUUCACCAUCUAGUAUCGCGCGCUCCCAUCCCAAGUGAAGAUCCCCUAUACGGGAACCUAGUCGCAGUAGCUGCGGCGCGCACAGAGGAUGGACCCGCGACUAUCGAACUUUUACUAGAGAGCGGACUCAACAUAGAUUAUGCACAUUGGUGGGAUGAGCCGAAGGGCACUGCACUACACAUGGCUAUCUACAAAAACAUACCAGUCAAUGUUCAGUGUUUAUUACAGCAUGACGCGAAGAUGCUGCAAGAUGCGAAAGGUAGGACGCCUCUAGCGUUUGCAGAGGAAUUAGGCCGUGAGGAGAUAGUCGAAGUUUUGAAAGACCAUUUGCAGAAGAAGGGCCUGCCCUUUGACUAUGUGGAUCAAGACCCAGCCAUUCAAGAGGGUUAGGGUUGGGGUUG